GUGUCCCCUCACUUCGCCUUGGCCAGCGCACCCUCGUGUGCACAUGCGCAGAAGGGAGACCAGGAUUGGUUUGUGGGACGGUCGGAACUUCUUGUCGCAACCAAUCUGGACGCGCCAGGGGUGGGUCUUAGCCGUCUGACAGUCUGCGCGCGCACUUUUUCGGCGCGCGUUUCUUCCUGCUAUGGAGUCGGAGCUGGUUCGGCGCUUAGCCCCUCGCCUCGGCCUUGCCGAGCCGAGUGUACUGCGGAAAGCAGAGGAGUACCUGCGGCUCUCGAAGGUGAAGUGUAUCGGUCUGUCUGCACAUAGCUCAGAAACCAGCAAUGCUGUCAUAUGCCUGGACCUCGCAGCUUCCUGUAUGAGGUGCCCCUUGGAUAGAGCUUAUUUAAUUAAGCUCUCUGGUUUGAACAAGAAGAUGUAUCAGAGCUGUCUUAAAUCUUUUGAGUGCUUACUGGGAUUAAACUCAAAUAUUGGAAUAAGAGACCUAGCUGUACAGUUCAGCUGUACAGAAGCAGUGAACAUGGCUGCAAAGAUACUGCAAAGCUAUGAGUCCAGUCUUCCUGAAGUGCAGCGAGCAGAUCUUGACUUGUCUAGGCCACUCUUCACCACUGCUGCACUACUUUCAGCAUGCAAAAUUCUGAAGCUAAAUGUGGAUAAAACCAAAAUGAUAACUACAUCCGGUGUGAAAAAAGCAAUAUUUGAUCGGCUGUGUAAGCAGUUAGAAAAGAUUGGGCAGCAGAUUAACAGAGACACUGCAGAUUUAGCCAGUCCAGCACUGAAGAAAAAGAAGCUAGCUCCUGAACCACCAGCAAAAGAAAUAGAAGUAAUAGAAACCCCUCAAAAGCCGCCGAAAGAUGAAGAUCUGACACAGGACUAUGAAGAAUGGAAAAGGAAGAUUUUGGAAAAUGCUACCAAAGCUCAAACGGCCACAGCAAAGUGAUUCCCAUUUCACUGCAGUCCUGUGCUUCUGUCGGGGAGAUGCAGGGCCAGGAGGUCUUGUCUGAACUUGAUUACCAGGUGUGCUGAGGACUGUCUCAGUAUUGAAGAUGCUAGAACUAGGGACUUCACAUGGAAAUUAGACAACCAUAACACCUCUGUAGACUCGGGUCUGUCCUGUCCCUUUUAAUUCUAUUAUGUUAGGCUUAAGGAACUCUCCUGACUUAACCCAGAAUGCAAAUUUCAAGUUGAAAGGCGUUUUAGACAUUUUAUUUGUUUUUGUGGGUUUUUAUUUUAUUUUACUAAAUCAUUGUUAUACAGUCUAAGUUAAUAAAUGUUUAUUUUUUUAAUAUUCA